UAGAAAUAUUCAAAGCCUUAAACUUUAAACCUACCAUUGCAAUAGCUUAUUCUUUGCCACCUUUCUCUCCCAACCUCUGAUCCCAUCUUUUUCUGAUCAUAGUCCCAUUAUCACAAUACACAAACCUCUCCGCUUUACACACACUCUCUCUAACUUUCUCCAUUUCCAUUUAUCAAAAUAAGGCGCGACGAAACGACGUCGACGUAGUACACAAAAUGUCACGUCGUUUCCUCGCCUGUUUUGGCAAAACCGGGAGCAGUAAAACGAAGCCGGCGUCGUCGUCGUCGUCGUCUUCGGCGGAACGUAACAACGUGACUGUCGACGUGUCGGCGGAGGAGCAACGACGGGGUGGGGCGGUGCUGGUGGAGCUGUUCUCGUCUCAGGGCUGUGCCACUUCACCUGAAGCUGAGGUUUUGGUGUCGAGGUUAGGCAGAGGGGACUUUGAUGGGCUGGACUUACCGCCCGUUGUGUUGUUGGGCUUUCACGUGGAUUAUUGGGACUACAUGGGUUGGAAAGACCCAUAUGGGUCGAGCCAAUCGACUGUGAGGCAAAAGGCUUAUGUUGAGAGUCUCAAGCUCGACACCAUGUUUACACCUCAGGUUGUGGUGCAGGGUAGGGCUCAAUGUGUUGGCAAUGAUGAGAAUGCUUUGUUAGCUGCCAUUAAAGAGGCACCAAGAUUCCCUGCUCCUACAUUCCAGGCAACAUUCCAAAGAUCUGGAUCAGACUCCUUGCAAGUCUCCCUAACAGGAGCUCUAAGGACAAAGGUGGACAAUCGUGGUGCCAAUGUCAUGGUGGCAUUGUAUGAAAGCGGAUUGGUGACUGACUGUCCAAAGGGUGAGAACAAAGGGAGAGUUCUAUCCAAUGACUUUGUCGUUAGAAAACUCGAAAAGCUUUGCACUGUUAAAGACAUCUCUGCCAAGAAGACAGUAACAGGAUCUGUUAAUUUCCCCCUAUGGCAAGGAUUCCAUGGCAGCAAAUGUGGCGUUACCAUCUUUGUUCAAGAUAGCUCUCAUCUAAUUUUUGGUUCACAGAACUUUCAGUUGCCAGAUGACAUUUGAGAUAGCUCAUCUGUUGUUUACUAUAAAUCAAGUUGCGGCGGCCACGAUUUAGUCUAUUAUGUACAGGAUGUCUUUGUUAGGGUAUUGAUUUCUUUUCUUUUUUAUGAGUUUGCGUUUUUCUUCUUGUUACUGGCUGGGUUUUUAUAAAUAGGAGAUGGAGAGAGACAGCUCCAUUAAUAUAUAAAAAUCCUUCUUUUUAGGUUUAGAAUUGAAUUUCCACGUAUUGCAUUAUGUGGGUGAGAGAUGUGAGUGAGCAACUUUGAUUUCUAUGUUAAUUUUGUAUUGAUUGGCUUUUUAUUGCUUUUAGAUCAAAUGUGAACUCUUUUCUAUAUUCA